AGGCAGAUCCCCGGACAGCUGCGAGUUCGAGGGCCCCGGCGGCGGCGCGGCGCGGCGGGAAGGGGGAAGUUUCAAAGCCAAGCCCUGGAAGCUGGUGGAGGGGUCUUCCGCGAGAUGAAGCUGCACUGUGAGGUGGAGGUGGUCAGUCGGCACUUACCAGCCUUGGGCCUGAGGAACCGGGGCAAGGGCGUCCGGGCGGUGUUGAGCCUCUGUCAGCAGGCGCCCAGGACUCAGCCGCGGCCCCGGGCGGGGAGCGAGCGGGGCGGCCGGCACCCCGCCUGCCUAUUCAUUUCCACCCUGAAGGACAAGAGCGGGACCCGCUAUGAGCUAAAGGAGAACGUUGAGCAAUUCUUCACCAAGUUUGUGGAUGAGGGGAAAGCCACUGUUCGGUUAAAGGAGCCUCCUGUGGAUAUCUGUCUAAGUAAGGCCAGUGCCAGCAGUUUAAAGGGUUUCCUUUCAGCUGUGAGACUGGCUCAUAGAGGCUGUGAUGUCGAGGCACCCCUUUCAACCCUCACACCAGUGAAGACUUCAGAAUUUGAAAAAUUUAAAACUAAAAUGGUUAUCACAUCCAAAAAGGACUAUCCUCUAAGCAAGAACUUCCCAUGUUCUCUGGAACAUCUUCAGACUUCUUACUGUGGGCUUAUCCGAGUUGAUAUGCGUAUGCUUUGUUUAAAAAAUCUUAGAAAAUUAGACUUGAGUCACAACCAUAUCAAAAAGCUUCCAGCUACAAUUGGAGAUCUCAUCCACCUUCAAGAGCUUAACCUGAAUGACAAUCACUUGGAGUCAUUUAGUGUAGCCUUGUGUCAGUCUACACUCCAGAAGUCACUUCGUUGUUUGGAUCUCAGCAAGAACAAAAUCAAGGCACUCCCGGUGCAGUUUUGCCAACUUCGAGAACUUACAGAUUUAAAGCUUGAUGAUAAUGAAUUGAUUCGACUUCCUUUCAAGAUGGGACAACUGACAAACCUGCGUUUUUUGUCAGCAGCUCAAAAUAAGCUUCCAUUUUUGCCUAGUGAAUUUAAAAAUUUAACCCUUGAGUACUUGGAUCUUUUUGGAAAUAUUUUUGAACAACCAAAAGUCCUUCCAGUUAUAAAGCUGCAAACACCAUUAACUUUAUUGGAAUCUUCUGCACGAGCCGUAUUAGAUAAUAGGAUUCCAUAUGGCUCUCCUAUCAUUCCUUUCCAUCUUUGCCAAGAUUUGGAUACUGCAAAAACCUGUGUUUGUGGAAGAUUCUGUCUAAGCUGUUUUAUUCAAGGAACUACUACCAUGAAUCUGCACUCUGUUGCCCACACUGUGGUCUUAGUAGAUAACAUGGGUGGUACUGAAGCACCUGUUAUCUCUUACUUCUGUUCUCUAGCCUGUUAUGUAAAUUCCUGUGAUAUGUUAAAGUAAUAGGUGAUACCACAAAAAGAAAUUCCACUUAGUUACAGACCAAUUUGGGACUCAUUUUAUGGUUUAAGUAUCAAAUAUAUGUAUACUUUUUUUUUAUACUUUCCUGAGGAGAAAGACGUGGGUUAUUCAGACAUUUUCAGUCAUUUGCGUGUGAAAUCUUAAUUUCAUUAAAAUCAGUUAAUUUUAUUGUGGAGUUAACUUUUAUCAGUUUAUUGCACUUGUGUUGAUUUCAGCCUAAUGUUUCCAGAAUGGGUUAUCUUUUAAUGUUAAACAGAUUUUGUUACCAGUCACUCUGGUCAUAGAAUUGUCUUACCAGUUUUCUUCUUGCAUUUCAAUUAAAGAAAUUAAGUUUCUGUAUGCAGAAAAUAAACCAUGGACUAAUAUAGUUUAUAGUAAAAACUUGUUUGAUAUAAAACUACAUGUAAGUUUUUAAGCACUUCUGUGUUUUUCAGGUAUACUAAUUUAUAUGUGGAAUUUUAUAUUCACCAAACAUGAAGUAGUUGUUUUGGA